AUGGGGAACCAUAAGAAGCCCGUUCCCGUAUAUUUAAAGUCGAAUCUGUUGGAAAUUCUACCAAGAUGGAAGGAACAGGGUAGAUAUUGUACAGCCAGCGUCUCAACGGUCAAACGUUCCCACCUUCUUUCCUCUUUCCCGCUUUCUCAACACCUUGGCCGGCCACAGCUCUCAUUUUCGUUUCUCACAUAUGAAAAUCAUCCCAAUCCGAAGAGAGCCUUGGUGGCCUGGGGUAAUAUUUGUGGUCUGUCGCUGAUUGAGAGAAACUUCAAACACAACAAAAUACCAAUAAUCGAACUAUCAAAACAAAGGGGGAAAGAGACAGAUGAAGGAGAAUUAUUGAAUUUCGACACGGGAAUCAAGCUCUCGGCGGCGUCACGUGAUUCGCAUAAUAUUGCGUCCGCAUUUGCUGCUGCAACUAGCACUGAGAGAGUCUAA